AGGCACAGAGGGGGCUUUCACUUGGUCCGUGUCCUCCACCCCAGCCGGCAGCGCUCGUACGUGCAUGCAAGUGAAGUGCCCGCGCCUCCCACCACCCUAUCUCCACCCCCACCCCCACCCCCACCCCCACAUUAGCUUCACGUACACGUUCCGUGCCACUAGACGCCGGGUAGCUUCAACGUACUCCAAAGGUAAGUGCAGAGUUAACUUGAAGAUGAGCAGGAACAAUGGCAAGGGGCCGAAGCUGGACCUGAGGCUGAGCUUCUCGCGGUCGCGCGGAGGAGGCGGCGGUGGCGGAGGGGGUCCAUCGGCUGCGCCGCCGCCGGGAGGCAGCAACUCGCCGAGGAGGAUGUCUUCUUCGUCCUCGUCAUCGGCGUCCCCGCCGAGCUCGUGCGUGUCGUCGGAGGGUAGCCCGGAGGCAGGCGGAGGCAGCGGCGGCUCGGCGAUGAUCCUUGCCGGCUGCCCACGGUGCAUGAUGUACGUGAUGCUGUCGCGGGAGGACCCCAAGUGCCCCAAGUGCCACAGCACCGUGCUCCUCGACUUCAACGACGACCAUCGCAACGCUGCAGGGUUCGGCUCCGGCAAGGUCGGCAAGGGCAAGCGCGGCUGAACCGGUCCUGCGCACGCCCGGCCGACAAGGCCGUCCGGCGCGGCUUCAUCGAUCCAGAUGCUUAGUCGUCGUCCUCGUCGGUCGAUCGCCUAGCUGCUAGCUGCUAGCUACUAUCUCCAUUGUUGUUGCUCGAAAUCGUGUUGGUGACUUGGUGUUCGUUCGUGUAGGCGUGUGCGUGCGUGCGAGUUUUCGAGUUUGGUCAAGAAAGGAAUUAUUCCGUAGACCCGUCCUUCCAUGGACUAGCUAGUCGGGGUGCCCAUGGAACGGGUCUAGGUAAUAAUUUCAUCUGCUGUGUGAGGUGUACGUGGUGUGUGGUGCGUGAGUCGUCUGCGUGUGUUUGUACGGGGCAGUACUGCCAAGGAUUAAGAUUUUGUCUCGGUGGUUUUA